UCAACAGACUCGACGCGUCUUUUCGCUUUAUAUAACUAGUCUUACCGCAGUCGUAUUAAAACGGCUGGCAAAAUGCAGUAUAAUCGACAUCGUGUCCGCAUGAAAGGUUUUUGCUGGUGAAUUUCUCCUCCACUCUUGAUAGAUGACUUCUCGAAACGGGGACAAAAACUGGUCACUUGCACUUUUUAUUCAUUGCUCUGCUUCAAAAUUAAAAUUAUAAACGGAUAUAUGCAGUCAUUGAGAUUAUUCGUUGUUCAGAUGAACAUUUACUGACUGCUAUACCAUCUCACCUUGGAAGGAAAGAGGGGAGUGAUACUUGAACCUCAUGCCUCCACAAAGCCAUUCAUGAGGCAAGGCUUCCUCCACACCAACAGACCAGCAUGGAGAAAGACCGUCUUACUCAAGGGAAGACCCCAUUAGCGGGGAGUGCAGACUUGGGACAUGAAUGUUGCAAACGUAAUGGUCUGAUCAAUACCCACAACCUGAUGGUGGAGACGAAGGAAGGACUGGUGUCGGUCUAUUCUGCCCCACAGUACCAGGGCCAUGUGGUGUCCAAGGACAUAAAUGGGACACCGGAUGGUCGAGGACCCCCACAGUUGCUCAACCCCAGCGCCCUGCCCCAGGCUAUAGACCCUUACUACAGACCCAACCUGCUUCUGUACCCCGAGAGCGUGUUGAGAGCAUGGGGAGAGGGGGGGGACUGCUGCGAGACCACCUUCAUUGAGGAGAUGACCCCCGCCUCGUCCGGCUCCGCUGUCGCUAAAGACGGGAUUCUGUUCACUGACAGCAAGCUGCUGGAUCUCUCUAUGGAAGACGCCAAGAUCCAUACGCUCUCCUAUGAUGUAGAUGACGAUGAUGAUGAAUUUCAAGAACUCGAGAGCGAGUACUCAAGUGAUUCAGAGAGUGAAGACAAUUUCCUCCUGAUGCCUCCGAGGGACCACCUGGGCCUCAGUGUUUUCUCCAUGCUCUGCUGUUUCUGGCCCCUGGGCAUCGCAGCUUUCUACCUGUCUCACGAGACUAACAAAGCAGUGACUAAAGGAGACUUUCACCACGCCAGCUCCAGCUCCAGACGUGCGCUCUUCCUCGCCGUACUGUCCAUCACCAUCGGGACGGGCAUCUAUGUGGGUGUGGCUGUGGCCCUUAUCGCAUACCUCUCCAAAAACAAUCACUUGUAGCCUUCCCAUGCCCAAAUCACUCUCACAGUCGGAUUCACUUUGGGAUCAGCUUCUUUGGGAAACACCCAAUGGUCAAUAUACGGGACUCACCAGCAAUGUGUUCCACUCCUGCACUUUUAAAAGUCGCGUUCCCAUUUUGUUGGGAAGAUCAUCGUUUGUGUAAAUUGUCUUGGUCACUUUUCAGCAUUUUCAUGUGAACGUGCCGCCACCACUAUUGUGUUUUUUUGGGGGUUUUUGCGCUCAGUGUUUGUGCAAGUGCAAAUCUAAUGCUACACACACACGAUUUGGGCCAAAUUAAAGUCAAUAUGAAAUAAAAAUGGACCUGAUCUAUUUUCUUAAUGCAUGUUCUUAAUCAUACGGAAUCCAUCAAAAUGUAUUUAUUUGCUCUGCCACUGCACAACUUUCCCAUUUUUGUUAUCGGAUGGGUAGCCAAUCCAGUCAGUUCCCAUUGGUUGAAAUCAGGGGCCGGUUGCACCAGCUGUGCGCAAGUUACAGCUUAGCCUAAUUUUGACGCAAAGGUCCACUAAGUUGCAGCUUAUGGUGUGUGCACACCAAAAGCUAAAUUAAUUAUUUGCACAAGUAUAUUACAUGGAAAGUGAAUGCAAACUGCCGAAUAGAUGCAAAUUCACGCUGGGCGACGGAAUUGGGAGGCAUGAUUGCCGCGAAAGCGCGAUAUUGCAUCUUCUGCGCAAGUUGUAAAAUUUCAGCUCUAGCGGAAAAUUCGCAUGACACGUUGUCAUGCAAGGCAAUCAGCAAAAAGCUUAUUGACACAUUCAGUUUGACAUGUCCGGUUGUAUCAGAAAAUGUUUUUUUUUAAAUUGUUUUUAUGUUUUUAUUUGUGUGAGUAGGCCUAAUGCAAAAAACAUCCCGUGACUAUUGUGCUUUGUGUUUGGUGUGCAUACACCAUUAGGCAGUAGUAAAUAUUUUUGCAUUGCACCAACUUAAAGUAUAAACUAAAAUUUACUAAAUAAGCCUCAGACAAGAAGUAAAUGUUGGAAUAGAAUAGCAGACUGAUUGAAUUGCAUCAAUAAGCUCAUGAUUUACCUGAAAAACUUCAAUUCUUUAGACAUAUGAUGUAGGGGCGUUUGGAUUUUUGGGGGAUUAUUUAAAUGAUUAUUUAACAAUUUUUUGCAGAGUGUGUUUUUGUGCUGAUCGGUCGGAUUAUGCCUCUUAUGGAUAAAUAAAUAUGACACUAAAACCUCCAGUAUGUCCCUGUCGUAAUGAGUGAUUCAUUGAAUCAUUCAUUCAAAUGAUUUGUUCAAAACGGCUGAUUCAUUUAGAAACAAAGCAAGUGACAUUGAGUCAUUGACUCAAAUGAUUCAUUCAAAAAUAGAUUCAUUCAGGAACAAAACACAGCAGUAUUUCUGUGAGAUGUAAAAAUGUUCUACAAAACGUUUUUCAUUGAAGAAACAGAAAAAAAAGACAAUUGUGUCUAAUGUAAUACUGAGUGUAUAAUAAUCAUUUAAUAUUAACUUCUUGUUUGUUGAACAAUUGUAUAAAAUCAAUAUCACAUUUGCAAUCAGACUCACACUCAUAUGUUCAAAAAAUGUCACUCUUGCUUGUGUGAUAUUACUUAACUCUUAUAAAUGUCUUAUAAAAAGAUGUUUUUGUUUGUUUUUUGCCAGGUGAGUGACAUUGAUAAUGUCAGCUCGCACAUCGCUAAAACAACAAUUACGAUACUGCAGACAAUAAAUAUUAUACACCCCUAAUAUAAUGACAUUUACUCUUGUUUACAUUUUGAGAGAACAUAAUGCGAAAAAUAAUGUUUACUAACCCAGCGCUUACAACCUACUAGCUACACUCUGCCUUAUAGGAACAAAUGGUGCACCAAAAAUCAAGCACAGAGUUAGCUACAAACUAGCUAGUAGUUACUAAAAUCUAGUGUGGACUCGUUCCCAUUUAAGUAAGAUCUUACAAACGGCUGGUGUAACCCUAUACCCAGGCCCAGGUCCCUACAAUUUUUGUUUUAUUUGGAAACAUACUUUUAAGCAAAUUAAAAGGGGUUAAGAACAAAACUUCAUGUUGACUUUAAUAUUGGUUUGUCAUAAUAACAGUAUUUGGUAUACAGAUCUAACCUGCCUAAAGAUCUGAAGGGGAUCUGAAUCCGAAUCUGAACAAUCAGAGAUUUUUCUUGAAUGUUUUUUGGAGUACAUGAAGCAUCUGUCUGAAGUGCCACAGUGCUUUCAAGCCUUUUUAACAAGAGCUACUGAAUCCUAAGGUCUGUGACACAUGAAGGGGCAUUUUCAACUCUCUUUUGAUAUUACAGAUACAAAAUGAACAUAAAGCCAUAUAGAUGGGUUGCUCAAGCCUGCGCGUGCUCUUUUUUCAGAAUGUAUGGAUAAAAUCAUUCUCGUGGGGCUGGAACAUUUAAUAUUAACUACUCUGUAAUUAAGUCUUAAGGCUUUCAGUUUAUACAUGUCAGUCUAUGAAGCUGUAAAUGCCUCCGCUGUCAGAUUUUCUCCCAAUACUUUGGGACACACCUCUUGCCAGCAAGCUCAUGCUAAUUAAAUGUGGUCUUUUCAUUCAAAUAUGGUGUUGGUGUGUUUAUCUCAUUUGGCCAGUUUGCUUUCGGACCUUUUUAUGUGAACUUUGAUGAACUGUUGCAGUUGUUAAUGUAUGUUAAAGGAAUAGUUCACCCUAAAACUGUUCUGUGAUUUUUAUUUAAUUCAAAACUUCUAUGAAUUUCUUUUGCGUAACAUAAAAAAG